AAUUCGAGAAUUCAUAUUAAUAACGUGUAUAAUGUAUCAAAACUAUAGCAGACUAUAGUUUGGCGGACAACUACUUAAAACGACAUCUUUUGGAAUAAACUUGUAGCAGGCUAUCAUACAAUGUACACUCAGGUGCAAAUCUGACUUCCCUGCAGAAAAUGAUAGUCAAAAGGAAUAGGUUCCUAUUAUUCACAACAAAACAUACAUUGACACGUAUUAUGCUAAUUUCGAAAUCAGUAAAUAAUACAAUUUUGACUAUUUCAUACGUUAAAAGCAUAUAAAACAGUAGUUUAUUACAGGGUAAUUAAUUGAAAAAGUUAAGCUACGUUCUAAUGUAUUUACUGGGAAUCACCUUUUUGUACAGCCUGAAUCAUAUGUUUUCAAUUGCAAUAUAUAUACAUUGUACAUACAAUAUGUAAUAUAAAAUUAUUUCAUGUAAUAUCAAGCAAAAACUGAUUAUUUUAGGAAGAUAAUUUAUCCCAACCAAUACAUCAAUCAUAAAUUUUGAGUUUGGAUGAAAAUAAAUUCACAUUGAAUAUUCUAACUCAGGGAUUCUCAACUUUUGCAAACCAGACUUAUUAUCGAAAACCAUAAUUUUUCGUAAUCUACUUAUUUAUAAUGUUUAUCUGAAAAAUAUAAAGAUCAAAAAGGAAAUGUCACUUUCCUAUUUAAAAUCAGCGACUCAGAUUUCAAAAUUUGGAAAACCCUGUUUUCACGUCCUAACCUCAUUGAAUAGUCAGUGGUAACAUUGAUUUGUUACUGUUUUUGUAUAAAUACUUGUUUCAUCAUUGUUUCCAUUUAAAUAUCCCAUAAAUAUACCACUUUUAUAAAAGAAGUACAGAAACUUUAAUCAAAUUUAUAAUUAAUUAUGAAUUUGCUCAAACCUCAAUUUUUUAAACUUACUAACUAUUUCAUAAAACAUGGAAGAAGUUUGUACACUUUACAAAGUUAUAGAAGUGUUUUAACAUCAGAUGAAUUAAGAAGCAUAUUUAUUAAUUCAUGUUAUAAUAGUUUUAAUUUGUCCAUAAUUCAUAAAUUUUCUACUACAAAUAUAUUAUCAAAACAAAAAUCUAAAGUAAAGAGCAGAAAUCAGGUGCAUGUAGACGUUAAUGCGUUAGCUGAAGUUAUAAAACUGGAACGCAUGAUGUCACAGUUUGAUGAAACAAUUGAAAAGUUUAAAGAAAAUUUGAUAAAUUAUGCCAGUACACGUGCAAAUAUAAGUGCUAUAGAAAAUUUGCCUAUAACAUUUGAGGAUAAUGAAUAUAAACUUAUGGAACUUGUAGAAAUCAAGAAAAAACCUAAUAUGAUAGUACUAGAUGCAUCAGCGUUUCCACAAAUUAUUCCAGACAUCUUAGAACUGCUCACAAAGUCUCAUAUGAAUUUAAACCCACAACAAGAAGGUACAGUCAUUUAUGUACCAAUCCCAAAAGUUACUAAAGAAUAUAGAGAAAGUCUGGUAAAGAAUGCAAAAAAAUACUUUGUAACAUGUAAAACUGCUAUCAGCGAUAUAAGAAAUGAGUAUUCUAAGAAAUUACAGAGAGCUGACCGUGUUCCUGAAAAUUUAAAGCAUAAUGGCGAGAUUUACAUAAAUACUGUACAGCAUGAGUAUGUGGAUAAAGCAAACCAACUGUUAAAACAAAAGGAAAAAGAACUUCUAGGGGCAUCAUAAUACCAGUCUUAUAUUUUAUAAUCUGAAGAUGAACUACUUCUAAUGUACCUCAUCACAUGUAAAUACAUAUAAAUCUAUGUAAGAAUAGUUACCUAGAGGUAGAUGAAUCCAUACAAAAUAGCCACCCUCUGGCCGCUGAUAUGAACAAUCCUUUGGUAAAUCGUGGUC